AUGUAUUACAAUGGACUCUACCAUCUGUUCUAUCAAUACAACCCAAAAGGUGCAGUGUGGGGCAACAUUGUUUGGGCCCAUUCAGUAUCAAAGGACUUGAUCAACUGGGAGCCACUUGAGCCGGCCAUCUAUCCCACUGAUCACUUUGAUAUAAAUGGGUGUUGGUCUGGGUCAGCCACAAUUCUCCCAGGCAACAAGCCUGUUAUUCUUUACACUGGAAUUGACCCCAAAAAUCGCCAAGUCCAAAACUAUGCUAUCCCAAAAAACUACUCUGAUCCAUAUCUUCGUGAAUGGGUUAAGCCCAAAGACAACCCCAUAGUUGAUCCUGAUAGAAGUGUCAAUGCAAGUGCUUUCCGUGACCCAACAACAGCUUGGUAUGGAAAAGAUGGGCUUUGGAGAAUUGUAGUGGGUAGCAAAAGGAAACAUAGAGGCAUAGCAUACUUGUACAGGAGUAGGGAUUUUGUGCAUUGGGUUAAAGCCAAACAUCCUCUACAUUCAAAAGAUAAAACAGGUAUGUGGGAAUGCCCAGAUUUUUUCCCAGUUUCAUUGAAUGGUAAAAAUGGCGUAGACACUUCCUUUGAUGGGCCAGAUAUAAAGUAUGUUUUGAAGGUGAGCAUUGACCUUACAAGGUAUGAGUACUACACUGUUGGACAAUAUCAUCAAGGUAUAGAUAGGUAUGUACCUGAUAAUACUUCAGUAGAUGGUUGGAGUGGGCUGAGAUAUGACUAUGGAAACUUUUAUGCCUCAAAGACAUUCUUUGAUGUUGACAAGAACCGAAGGAUUUUGUGGGGUUGGGCCAAUGAGUCCGACACAGCUAAACAUGAUGUUGCAAAAGGAUGGGCCGGAAUUCAGACUAUUCCAAGGGAGUUGUGGCUUGACAGCAGUGGGAAACAAUUGAUACAAUGGCCUAUUGAAGAAUUAAAAACUCUUAGAGGGGAUAAAGUUCAAAUAAAAAAUCAAAAGCUCAAAAUGGGAGAGAAAAUUGAAAUUAAAGGAAUAACUGCUAUCCAGGCUGAUGUUGAUGUUACCUUCUUGUUGCCGUCGAGGUUGGACAGCGCCGAGCAAUUUGAUCCUAGCUGGGUAAAUGCACAAGAUGUCUGUGCUCUAAAGGGCAUAAAAGUUGAAGGCGGGGUUGGGCCAUUUGGGUUGUUCACAUUAGCUUCAGAAAAUCUAAAGGAAUAUACUCCUGUCUUUUUUAGAAUUUUCAAAGCUCCACAGAAACAUGUAGUUCUCAUGUGCUCUGAUGCAAGAAGUUCCUCUGUGAGGAGUGGACUAUAUAAACCAUCAUUUGCAGGCUUUGUAGAUGUGGAUUUAACAGAUAGGAAGCUCUCUCUUAGGAGUUUGAUUGAUCAUUCUGUUGUGGAAAGUUUCGGAGCUGGAGGAAAAACAUGCAUCACAUCAAGGGUUUAUCCUACAUUCACAAGCCUCAAUGAUGCUCACUUGUUCGCAUUUAAUUACGGGAAAGAAAGUAUUACCAUAGAGAGUCUCAGUGCAUGGAGCAUGAAGAGACCUCAAAUUAACUGAAAGAGAGAAGAACUAGUAGUUUCUUAAUUAUGCUGAAAAAAAAAAUCAGUAGAAGCCAAUUGAAUAAGAAUUUUCUCGUUGAUGAUAGUUGGGAAUUCCAAUUAACAUUGUAGAUGCAUGAUGAUGUUUAUUUAUGUAAUAUACUAAUAUGGCAGAACCUUUGGUGUUUAAUUAAUGCACAUGAUUCACAUGAUAUAAGUUUUUGUCA